UGGGAAAAACACGUCAUUUCUCACUUUUAAUUUUAACGAUAGAGUUAACGUACCAUGUCUCAAGGUCAAUCAAAUUCCUUUUUCAACGGAUCUUUUGCGCUCCAUUUUUUGCACCCCCGCAAUCGCUUGUUGCCUGUUGCGUUUACAAGAUCUAGAGAGACAAAGAGCCAGAGUUUCCAUUAUCACCAAAAGCAUUCCGAUCCACAAUAAAUAAUCCACCAUGCCCAACAAGGAAGGUUUUGAACGCACGGCUCUGCAAGCCGCGGAAGCCAAUGGCGACCAAUCCGGCAAGGUCUUUUUGAUUACUGGGGCAUACGGUGGCCUGGGCAUGGAGACCACCAAAGCAUUGUUGAAGGUCAAGGGCCAAGUGAUUUUGGCGGGUCGCAACGAAGAGACCAUGAAGUCCUUUGUGAGUCAGUUGGAAGCGGAAGAAUACGACAUGGCAUUGGUGGAUGCCGUUGGACCUCCUUGCGAUUUGGCCGACUUGGAGCAAGUAAAGGCAUUUGCGGCGUACGUCAAGGAAAAAUACACCAAGCUGGAUUGCGUCAUUUUGAAUGCUGGCGUGAUGAUGUGCCCAGCGGGAGUCACCAAGCAGAAUCUAGAACAGCAAGUUGGUGUCAAUGUCGUGGGGCACUUUCUUUUGGCGCUUUCCCUGUUGAGUAUUACCAGUCGUCAAGUCUGGGUGUCCAGUAAGAGCUACGAAGCUGGAGGAAAGCGCUUUGACUUUGAUUGGUUUCAAAACUUCAAGGCAGAUGAUCCAGAAUACGACGCCAAUUUCGCCUAUCAACAAUCCAAGUUGGGAAAUAUUCUCCUGGCCAAGGAAUUUGCAAAGCGCGAUAAUGGCAACGAAGCCGUCAAAUUGGAGACCGUGGCACUCCAUCCCGGAAUGGCGGAUACCAACUUGGGCCGCCAUGUCCCAUCCUACGUCAAGGGCGCCACGACGUUGAUGGGGUGGGUUGGCAUUCUCUCCAAAAAGACCGCGGAACAGGGAGCAGCUACAACAGUCACAUGUGCCACAGCUGCAUUGGUCCAAAAUGGAGCGUACUACGAAGAUUGCGAGCCAGUCAACAAACUCGUUGGAAAUGUCAAUGUCGAGGAGGACGGCAUCCGAUUGUUUGAUCUUUGCGUCGAACUAACCAAAGAUUUUCAGCAGUAAUUGCGAUUUUGAUGCAUUCGCUGUAGUGAAGCAACACUGUGACGCCGAGCCACCUUUCUAUUUUUUAACAAAUGGAAGAUUCCAUCUAUCCAUCCAAACAAACAAACGAACGCAUGAGUCUAGAUUCGUAGGACACCAUCAUAAAACUAAACUUUUCAUUACGAAUGCCGU